AUGGCGUUCCGGAAAUUCGCACUUGGUGCGCUCGUCGCGCACGCGGCACAGGCGGCCCUACGGUACAAAGGAGCUGAUUGGUCAUCCGUUGCCGUUCUGGAGCGUGGUGGCACCGAGUAUAAGGACCUUCAGGGCACUGUCAAACCACUCGAGACCAUCUUGUCUGAAAACGGUGUCAACAUAUGGGUGGCCAAGGGCGAUUAUGACCUGGACUACAACGUCGCUCUUGCGAGGCGCGCGAAGGCUGCAGGCAUUGAUGUACACAUCAACCUUCACUUUUCCGAUUCCUGGGCCGACCCGGGCCAACAGAAGAUCCCAGCAGGUUGGCCCACGGAUCUCGCGGGUUUGACAACUCAGAUAUACGAGUACACGCUCAACGUGAGCAACACCCUCCAGGCCGCAGGCAUCCAGCCUGCCAUCAUCGACAUAGGCAACGAGAUUGCCGACGGAAUCCUCUGGCCGGUUGGUAAAGGAAGCGAGAAUUGGACCAACACGGCGCAGCUUCUUUCGUCUGCCUCCAAGGGCAUAAGAGACAGCGAUCUCAGCCCGCAGCCAAAGAUCAACGUGCAUCUCAACGCCGCGGCCGACGCUGGAGUUCAGGACUUCUUCUGGGAAAAUGUCUUGAAGGCAGACCCCAACUUUCCGACGCAGAUCGACAUGUUCAGCGCGUCUUUCUACCCAUUCUAUGGGCCUGAGUGGAACUUCACCAGGCUAUCAGACACGCUCACGCACAUGACGACGCUGCUCCCCGGCAAGGACUUCAUGGUCUCCGAGGUGGCAUGGCCGUUUACCUGCGAGCAGGGCGGUAACUUCGCCUUUCCCCCCGACAUGAGACCUGGCAUUCCCUUCGGCGCCGAUGGCCAGAAGACAUGGGUCGCCGAGGUGGCGAAGAGAGUCGAGGCCAUCACUGGCGGCGCCGGGGUUGAGUACUGGGAGAUAGGGUGGGUGAACAAUGCCGGUCUUGGGCAGACGGGUUGCGAGGACAACAUCAUGUUUGAAUUUGCUGGCAACGCGAGGUCGUCGCUCUCGGUCUUUUCUGAGAUUUAG